AUCGACCAGUAAAGCUCUUCUUAGUCCCCGUCUUAACCAUCCUAUCCUCUUGGCCGAGCCGAGGGCGCCCCGGAAAUGGCAACCUCAUCCCAACUCUGUUCGUCAUAAGGGCCAUGAUGGAUUCUGUCUACUGACAAAGAGCGUCUACCGGAUGCCUUGUCCUACGCCUGCGCAUGUCUGGCACGAGAAAAGCGGUGGAGGGCUCUCCACUAACAGGAGGCAGCCUAGCGAGUUGAUGGCUUUCGAGAUCGACAUAAUCCUCCUACUCGUGUAGACCUAUCGUAGCCCUAGACUCUCAGGGCCUUGCAGGGUUUAUCGUCGCAGUUGCAACUUCGCACCGAAUGUCACAUAGCUGUGAAUAGCUUGGUUCCGGAUCCCAGGAGAGGAGUCUUGUGUCUGCGGCCUGCUGUCAGCAGUGCCCGGGGAUCUACCCCAUCAUAUAUUGGGGUUUGUCUCUCGCCUUCCUCUCGUCCGCGAGUUUCUCCGUCCCCCUCGUCUUCUACAAAUCCAUCCCUGUGCGCUCUGAAAAUUCGACGCCCGCCAUCCCGUCAGCCGUUUUUCACAGGAUAUUUGUUCACGACAAACCGGCACUUUCUAGUGCGAUACCAACCGAUGUGUCGUGACCAUGGCUGCCCUGUCGCCAUCGUUCAUGGGCCUUCGUGGCAAAUCGCUGUCCAUGGCCGUUAGUUCAGUUGCGACCACUGGGUUUCUGCUUUUUGGUUACGAUCAAGGCGUGAUGAGCGGAAUUAUCGGUGCGGAGCAAUUCGCCAGCGCCUUCGAAGAAGUGAGGAACAAUGCUACGAUGCAAGGCCUGGUCACUGCCAUUUACGAGAUCGGCUGCCUUAUGGGCGCCAUGUUCAUCCUCGGCGUCGGUGAUCUCCUCGGCAGAAGAAAGGCCAUGAUGCUAGGAUCGUCCAUUAUGAUCAUAGGGGCCAUCAUCCAGGUCACCUCGUUCCCGCGCCAUGCUCCCCUGGCCCAGUUCAUCAUCGGCCGGGUGGUUACCGGAGUAGGCAACGGCAUCAACACCUCUACCAUCCCGACCUAUCAAGCCGAGUGUAGUAAGACCUCCAACAGAGGUCUGCUUAUCUGCAUCGAAGGCGGCGUCAUCGCGUUCGGCACUGUGAUCGCGUAUUGGAUCGAUUACGGCGCUAGUUAUGGCCCCCCCGACCUCACGUGGCGGUUCCCUAUCGCAUUUCAGAUCGUAUUCGCUCUUCUGGUGUGCGUCCCCAUGAUCUUCCUGCCCGAAAGCCCUCGCUGGCUGUUGACGCUCGAGCGCUACGAGGAAGCCGAAUAUGUCAUCUCCGCCCUCCGAGGCUACGAGCUCGAUAGCGAGGAGACGCGAGCAGAGCGUGAUAUUAUCUUGGAUUCCAUCCGCGCCAGUGGCCUGUCGGGCCGGAAGAGCACCCCGAUCAAGGCUCUCUUCACCGGCGGCAAGACCCAGCAUUUCCGACGCAUGCUGCUCGGCUCUAGCAGUCAGUUAAUGCAGCAGGUAGGCGGAUGCAAUGCCGUCAUCUAUUACUUCCCCAUCCUCUUCGAGACCAACAUCACUCCUGGAGACCACCACUUAGCCCUCCUCAUGGGAGGUGUGAACAUGAUCGUGUACGCCAUCUUCGCCACGACUUCGUGGUUCAUCAUUGAGCGAGUCGGCCGACGCAAGUUAUUUCUCUGGGGAACAGUUGGCCAAGGCAUGUCCAUGGUCCUCACCUUCGCGUGUCUCAUUCCGCAGACGCAAGGUGCUGCGAAGGGGGCGGCCGUUGGUCUCUUCACUUACAUCGCUUCAUUCGGAGCGACCUGGCUUCCACUCCCUUGGUUGUACCCUGCGGAGAUCAACCCGAUCAAGACUCGAGCGAAGGCCAAUGCCACCUCGACUUGCACGAACUGGCUCUUCAACUUCCUCAUCGUGAUGGUCACGCCGAUCAUGAUCGCCAAUAUCGGGUGGGGCACCUACCUGUUCUUCGCCGUCGUCAACGCGUGCUUCCUGCCGAUUAUCUGGUUUUGGUACCCGGAGACGGCGAAGCGGUCGCUCGAGGAGAUCGACAUCAUCUUCGCCAAGGGGUUCGUCGAGAACAAGUCCUACGUGCGCGCCGCCGAGGAGCUGCCGCUCCUCACCGACGAGCAGAUCGAGCAGGAAGCCCUCCGGUACGGGCUCAUCGAUACGCUGGCCCGGGGCGCCACCCACUCUGCGGGCCCUGCGGGCGCGCCCGAAGAGAAGGCCAUCAGCGAAAAGAGCGAGACCGAGGCCGGGAGUCGCGAGGAGAUCGAGAACUGAAGUAUCAUAGUCCAAGCUUUUUUCGGUAUUCGGCAGGCAAUCGGUAGAGCGAAUUCGUCGUUCCAAAACUUCAUAGUUCAAUGCUGUGUCAGUUUAAAAAACAAGACGCGUCUGAGGCCGAGGUGCUUAACUUGGCUAGGCUAGAGAGCCCAGACCUUAAGAUGACCUAGUCUAUCCUAUCCGCCGAGGGGGGUUGGAACGGAGUAGACGGCCUACGUAGAUACAUCCAAGACCUCAGCAGUAAGAACUCACUCCCAUAGACCGUAUAAUUUCCAUGCUACAGAGCAUCUGCGAAUCCCUGGCUUUCCCAAUGUCUCAGAGAGCUAGCUUACUGUCUCGCAACAAAAAUUGCUUCCCUUCGCACCGUCGCAGCUAGGUAUUACCUAUCCCUACUUAUCUAAGUGUACGGACAGGGCCACGAGCAUGGGUUCACGCUGGCGUCUUUCCCCGUGCCUGGAACGCGUGAAACCGCCACAAUGUUUUCCG